UCGCAGUUCGCCCGGGCGGGCGCGGUAGAGGCGGCGGAGGCGGUGACGGGGGAGGCAGCGGCGGAGGCGGUAACGCGGGGCCGGGAUGCGGCGCUACCUGCGGGUCGUAGGGCUGUGCCUGGCCUGCGGCUUCUGCUCGCUGCUGUACGCCUUCAGCCAGCUCGCCGUGUCCUUGGAGGAAGGAGCGGCCGGAGGUCGCAGGCCGCAGGCCGCGGCGAUGGGUUCCUGGCUGGCGGACGGCGGACGCGGCCCGGGGAGAGGCGCGGGCAGCGCGGGCUCCGGCCGGCCGGGCAGGUGUAAAGAUUUCUCUCUGUGUUACUGGAAUCCCUAUUGGAUGCUGCCCUCUGAUGUUUGUGGAAUGAACUGCUUUUGGGAAGCGGCUCUUAGAUAUAGUCUGAAAACACAGCCCACUGAGAAGAUGCACCUUGCCGUUGUUGCCUGUGGUGAACGACUGGAAGAAACUGUGACCAUGCUGAAGUCAGCUCUCAUUUUCAGUGUCAAGCCACUGCAGGUCCAUAUCUUUGCUGAAGACCAACUGCACAAUAGCUUUAAAGACAGACUUGACAGCUGGUCAUUUCUACAAAGAUUUAACUACACUUUGUACCCCAUCACCUUCCCGAGUGACAGUGCUGUGGAGUGGAAGAAACUCUUUAAGCCGUGCGCUUCCCAGAGGCUGUUCUUGCCGUUAAUCCUGAAAGAAGUUGAUUCACUGCUAUACGUUGACACUGAUAUUCUUUUCCUACGACCUGUCGAUGAUAUUUGGUCAUUACUAAAGAAAUUUAAUUCCACACAAAUCGCUGCGAUGGCUCCAGAGCAUGAGGAGCCUCGAAUAGGAUGGUAUAAUCGUUUUGCUCGGCACCCGUACUAUGGGAAGACGGGGGUGAACUCUGGAGUGAUGCUGAUGAACAUGACACGGAUGAGAAGGAAGUACUUUAAGAAUGAUAUGACAACUGCGAGGCUGCAAUGGGGCGACAUACUCAUGCCACUGCUUAAGAAAUACAAACUGAACAUCACAUGGGGUGAUCAAGAUCUGUUAAACAUCAUGUUUUUUCAUAAUCCAGAAAGCCUUUUUGUUUUUCCGUGCCAAUGGAAUUAUCGACCAGAUCACUGUAUCUAUGGAAGCAACUGCCGAGAAGCAGAAGAGGAAGGAGUCUUCAUUCUUCAUGGAAACAGAGGGGUUUACCAUGACGACAAGCAGCCAGCAUUCAGAGCUAUGUAUGAAGCACUAAGAAAUUGUUCUUUUGAAGAUAAUGCAAUCCGUUCCUUAUUAAAACCUUUAGAAAUGGAAUUACAGAAGACAGUUCACACAUACUGUGGAAAAACAUACAAAAUUUUUAUCAAGCAGUUGACGAAAAGCAUAAGAAACCGUUACGACACACCACCAAAGGAGAGGUGACUCUUUGAGACUGCUGAGCUAAAUGAUGAAGUGGUAGAGCAUCAGAGAUGUGAAGAAAUUGUAGUGGAGGCGGAUUUAGUGAGGCCUUUCUGUCUCCAGAGUAAUCGUCUCCUGAAGUUAAAAGAGCAGUAUAUUCACGCCAUGAAGAAUAAGUUAAACCCUUGGGCUCCUGUAAGAAGACAAUGUUGAUCUCAGAUAUUUUGUGACAUUACUUGGUGUCAUUCCAGUGUUAAUGAAAACAUUGAACAGUGUGGCCUCAGGAGCUGUGUUGGCUCUUGAAUCAAGUAAGUAAGAACAGUGGGGGAGUGGAUGGAGAAAAUGUACCUCGCACACAGUGAGACAUUCAAGCUGUGAGUAUAGCAAUAAUUUUAUGUCAGCACUAACCUCACUUUAAAGUGUGAGAAAAAAGUUUACAGGAGCAGAACAGUUCUGUUUCUUAAGAAAUGUGAUAUAACCAAUGUAACCAUUGACAAUCUAUGUACCCGCAUACAUUUCAUCUCCUACAAUAUCUUGUGACAAUCAUGUUUAAAAUUAUUUGUAGACUUUUAAGAAAGCUGCACAUUUAAAAAUUAGCAGUGUGAGAAAGAGGGAAAGUAAUGAAAAGUUAGGGAGGCAUUUGUGUGUGAUUCAUGCGUGGGUGCGUGUGUGCGUGUGUGCGUGCUUGUGUGUGUGUCUUGAAAAAAAUUAAGAGUUUUUAUUUUGUAUGUUUUAAACUGUCUUGCCAAACCUAGACUCUAAGAUACUUGGGGACAUUUUAAAAAUCACCUUAAGUGAAAAAUCAGCUUUACUGGGCAUUCUGGAAGCAAAAUAUAUUAUGCUGAUAAUGAAGAAUGAGAACUUAAUCGCAACACUACCAGGACGGUGGAAAAUGCAGGGGACCAAAUGUAUAAGCCUGUGAGAAUGAAAAGUGGUCCAUGUAGACUUCCUUCUACCUCAAAGUGCAUACCAGGAUCCUUUUGAAGAGGCAAAUGCAGAGCCUUAUUUAGAUUAGACAGCUGCAAUGGACAGUUCUGAGGAAGAGGAUUUUUGUAUCUAGCUGUAGAAAAGUCGUUUUGAUUUGAGUAAUGUGCAUAUUUCCUGUUUUGAAUAUCAUUGAAGACAGUUGCCUUUUUAAAAUCUGGAGGAUGAGAAGCAUUACUCCGUGUGCCUUUUGUCUUGACACCUAGUGUAGCUGUGGAUUCUGAGUGGCAGUGUGGAUUCUGAGUGGCAGUAUGUGCCUUCUGGAGCACGGGCCUCAUCCUCCCUGGUGCUCCCUGGUAUCACCUUUUCUCUUGUGUUCUAAUACUUACACAGAGAGAGGGAAAUUAUGAAGGAACCAUUUCAUUUAUGAAGAGCAUGUAUCCUCUGCAGAGGAAUGUUCACAAGAAGUGGUCAUUACAGUUGCUCCAACUUCUGCAGUUCAGCCAGGGACAUUCUAAGAGGUUUAAAAUACAGUUAGAAAGUAUUUGUCCCUUUGUGCCCAGAACAGGGAUUGCUAGCCAACUCUACUCUAGAACAGAUAGACCGAGAGCAGCAGCCACAAUUCCUUGGCAGAGUGCCGUUGUGAAGUAAGAACCUGUGAACUGUGUUAAAGUUUAGCUUCUUAGAUAGAAAAAUGAGAGCCUAUCCUUUGAAAUUUGGCCGAUAAUCUGAGGGAGCUUGCUAAAAACAAAUAGCCUAUGUGUACUGCAACUAGGAGUCUUCAAGAAUUUUUUAUUUUGCAGAGGUUAAUUUUUAAAUGAAGAUAAAGAAGUAAAUUUUUUAAUGAAGAGAUUAAAAUUAUAUGAAAGCAAUAGUAAGAGUGCUUGCUUAGCAUGCUCAAGGCCCAGUACUACAAAAAUGGGAAGGAAGUGAGAGUCUCAUACAGUGGUACUCACUCAAUUACCUAUCUAUUACCUGUCAGUAUCUUGCCAUGUUUACUUCCUUUAUUCCCUUUUCUUAUAUUAAAGUCUCAGGCAUCAUUUUAUGUCCUAGGAGUGAAUGUUUCAGUGAUUACACGUAACUCCAAUAACUACAUUAUACCUAGCAAAAGGGGCAGCUGGCCUUUGGUUUCAUCUCAUAGCCAACCCUUAAACAUCUCCCUGCUUGUCUUAAAUGUGCUUGGGACGUGCUGAUUCUGUUUUUAACGAGUUCCUCAGAAGGUUCUGUUAUCACAUAGUUUGGGAACUACUGGAAAUUAUUUUCCAUCUUUAAGGUUGAAGUUGGGGGUCACGGCUAUUGGUACAAUUGCUAAAUUAAAAGUGCCAGUUUUGGAUAGAGGAAGCAGUUGGAGUUAUUGACAAGAUAGGAAUUUAUAUGGCUAAGUUCCUUAAUAUUUUAUUUUUUCAGUAGCUGGAGACUCAACCCCAUGUGCUCAUGAUUGGUUGAGGUGGUAGAGAGGGACCUUAAAAUGCAUUCAAACUUGUUUUGUAUAAAAAGAAUUUGGAAAUCCUCUAGAAAAUAUAUUUUAAGAAAUGCAGUUUUCCCUUAUGAAGAAGAGCUCAUGAGCUAUGCUGUUGCUUGUCUUGGACACUGCGUACUCCUGGCUCUUACCUGCCUCCUGUCAGAUAUCAGGGUAAUGACAAGAACAGGUUGGGGGCUGGACCUGGAUUCCCUUCUUCUAGGCUUGAAGGGCACACAGAUUGUACAUAGUGUCUAAGAAGGGAGACUUGGCAGGGGUUACUGCAGGGACUUCUCUAGCUCUGCAGCCACACUAGUGUUGAUGGAGGCUGGUUUACCCAGGGCCAGCUCCUCAGGCUGAGUGACUUUUGACUUGUCCUCCAGUGGAGAUUGCUGAUGGUAUGUGGAAGGAUCAUGCUUUAAGGAAGAGAAAGUAGAGAAGAGAAGGAUGAUGCAGAGGAAUAGUGAAGGAAAGGAAAGGAAAGGAAAGAGGGGUAAAAGAAUGAGGAAAGGCUGAGUUAAGAAGAAAGAUGGAAUGACAGUGGGGAAGUGGAAAUGGAGGAAAUGGUGUGGAAACACAGGGUCUCCCUGCCUAGGUCAAUGCUUGCCUUAUACCUACACAGCCAGGACAGGUGCCUUCUGGGUGGGGACAGCAAAGUCAGCCUUGUUUAUUGAUACCAGACGUGUCUUGGUCACUUUGUUUACUGGUCUUUUAGUAGUAGCUGUCCAAUAUUUUUUGUUCUUUCCCUGGGUCCCACUUUCUGUUUCAGGGUCCCUCAGCAUCUCCAAGGGAAGGUGGCAUGAAGAGAACUGCUUCAUUGUGUCUAAAUCUGGUGGAGCAGUUUCUCUAGCAUUGGAAAUAGGAGGCCAGUAGGGAAGUCACUACCAUGCCUUGAGUGGUGGCUGGAACAGUGGUCAGUAUGUUUAAUCCUCAGUGGGAAUACUUUAAGUUGGACUGGUGUGAGUGAAUUCAAGAGGACAGAAGAUGGCAGAAACAAUUAAAGAAUAUUCAUUGUCAGGGCAGAGAGUUGGUUCAGUGGUUACAAGCACUUGUUCCCAAUGCCCAUGUGGUGGUCCACAGCUAUCUCUAACUCCAAUUCCAAGGCAUCUAGUACCCUCUUCUUACCUCUGUGGACACCAGAUACACAUGUGGUGCAUAUACAUACACAUAGGCAACACACACAUAAAAUAAUCUAAAAACCUAAAAAUAAAUACUCAUUCUCCUUUUCAGUUGCCUAUAUAGUAACAUGUAGUACAGGCACAGUCAAGCCUCUGAGAUGUUUUUAGAAAGACGGUUGAGCUGCCCUUUCAAACAAUGUUUUUAGUUUCUUGGAAUAAAUAGAGAAGAAAAAUAAAGUGUGCAAUAUGUCAGGUGUGGGACCAGUUAUCCAUUUUUUAGGUGUAAUUUCAAGCAUCUUAAGUAAUAAUUGCCUUAUUUACUACAUUUUAAUAUUUAAUGGAGGUAGACUAAGAUGACUAGUAUCACAGUAGUCAUCUUUUUCUAUAUUGCCAAAGCAGCCCUUUUUGUCUUCUAAAGCUUGUCUAACUUGUUCUGAUGUUUGUUGUUUUUUAAUUCAUUGAAGAUAAAACUAGAUUUAAAAAAACUAAGUUAUAUAGUUAAGACAGUUGUCUAAAAACUGUUAUAAGGUUUAAAACUGGGCAUGCUAGCACAUGACCUGUUACCCAACACUUGGGAAACUAAGGUACAUUGAAGGCCACUAUGGCCUUUGUUGAGAUCUUAUCGCAAAAAGCCAAAAAAAAAUGCUAAACGUCUAUGUUACUCAAAUAUAUAGUAAUAUCAGGAUUAUGAGAAAACAUAGCAUAUUGACCUGGGCUGAUUACUAUCAGUGACGGUUUACUUUUGAAAACUUGUCACCUCAUCCGAACUAAUAAUUGUAAGUAUCUACUGGGAUUUCCUUAGGCUUUUCUAUAAAUUGAUGUUUCAAACAAUCAGGAGCUUUGUAGGGAAUUUCUCUCUAUAAUACUGUGAAUACCAGAUAUUUACUUUCAAACUUGAGAACUGAUUGGAGCCUUUGACCUGUGUAGAUUAUGUAUGUAGUUGAGCUAUGAGAGCAUAUUCAGACAUAUAGCAUACCAUGACAGCUCCUAAAAGUUCAUUUAAGAGAAUGUGAUAACUACAUGUCAUUUAAAAACUCAGUGGUUUCACUGUGAUAGUUGCAGUAGAGAUCCAUUUGAAUUGUUACAAGUGGAUUUUUUAAAAAAAUAUAAUAGUUGUUAAUUUUUAUAUAAAAUCUUCAGGGAAUACUGAAAUGUUUCAAAAUAAUCCAUAGCUUGCGGUAUUGCUGUAGACUGUUGUCCAUUCAGAGUUGAGCAGAACAUGCCUUUGUAUCUCAUGAAUUACCAUUGACAUCUGACAGGUGUCAGUGAAUGCUGGAUCAGGUCUGUGCGCUGGAAUUCAGAGUCUGGAAUCAAUUUGCAUGAGUCUGUUAGUGUACUGAGUAGAAUUGUCUGAAACUACAGGAAGGCUUUGUGAUGAACCAUGUUGCAUAGACAGCAUUGUGACGAACCAUGCUGUGUAGACAUUACUGCCUUGAAACUGCUUUUACCUUAAACUGUUUUGGUUUUAUAAUAAUGUGAAUAUCUUUCAGUUGCUUUUGUAUCUUGAAAAUUCUUUUAAAGGGGAGUAUAAAAUUAUAGAUGUAUGGGGUCUAGCUUGCCAGUAUUGGAAGAUGCCUUAUUCUGUUUUGGAGGGGUUCAGCUCAGGUUUUUCUUGAGAAACUGUAUUGCUGUUACUAAAGAUAUACUCAAUAAAUAUUGGAUUUUC